GAGAAGAUAUAAUUUAAAUGAGAAUUGAUGAUAGAUUAAUUUUCAUUAUGGUUUCUAAACUCCAAAUUUAUUGAUCUCUCUCUCUCUGUGGUUGAAAAGUAAUACGGUAUUAGUUAGGACGAUGGUAUCUUCGUCCUCGUCCUGGUCCUGGAAGGAAACGCUUCUAAUGUUUGCUCCAAUAAUCUUCGUCAUACUCGCCCUCCUCAUAAGUAUCAUCUGGCAAAUUUGCAUCAAGUUAUUCAAGUGUAUACAACCUCCUCCUACGGAACCAGCUCUUGAGACUCACCAAAAUCCGCCACUGUCUCUGCCUCACCAGGACAUUGAGACCGGACAUCUAGGGCCGCCUCAGUCUCAACAACAAGACAUCAAAACCGGAUAUGAGAGUCGGAUCAAGGAAGUAAAGUUUAAAGAUAUCAUCAAGGAAGAUGGAUUUGGUGAUAAGAUUUGUUGUUCAAUUUGUCUUGAAGAGUUUGAAGAUGGCCACGCGAUUGUUCACAUAAACAAGUGUAGACAUGUUUUUCAUCGUUUUUGUAUUGUUUCUUGGCUGAAGCAGAACCGAAGCUGCCCGAAUUGUCGACGUUUUUGA